ACUUAGCUGUCCUCGCGCUUUUCCCGUCCAAGUCAACCCCUCCCUACUCCUCCACCUGACUGCUUCUCCUACUCCUCCUCCGGCGGCCCAUGCCGCCACCGCCUCCGCCGGCCACCCAACCGAUCAAAAGCCCAUAAAGUUAAAUACUUUCAUUUUUAUUCCAACCUUUAAUGUUCCUAUGGUCGUCCAGUAUUGCUUUUAUUGUCGCCAUUAUUAGGGGGGAAGAAGAGCGAGGGUGAGAGGUAGAGAGAGGCAGCUGGCAUCUGUGUUUGAGCAUUUAAUUGGAGCCCCUCUUAACUCGCCCCGAACGAGUAGUUGUAGACGAAGCAGCUGCUCUAUCCGCCCGCUUUUCUGCUUCGCUUCUUCCGUCGAUUCUUCAUUCCCCUUCCCCUACUCCUUUCCCUUUUACUUCUUAUCUGUUCCUCCCCCUGCAACUGAGAGGAGGGCCGGAGAGGAAAAGAAAGGGAGGGGCAUUGAUAGGACUGCGGUGGUCUGUUAAUGCUGCUUGCGGAGCGGAAGCAGAGGAGUAGGAGGAGGAGGAGGAGGAGGCCCGAAGCAGGGGCGCUGGCGGAGGGCGGGCGGUGAUUGAUGGCCGCUAGGGCCCACACCGUGUGCCGCAGGUUGCCACUUCUUGGUAAUCCUCGGGCCCACCCGUAGCCAUGCCCCGUGUCGCGGCCGCCGUCGUCGCGCUCGUCCUCGUCCUCGUCGUCGCGCUGUGGUGCGCCGCGGCGGCGCAGAACCUGAGCUCCGUGUCCGAUCUCUCGGGGCUCUACAGUCUCCGCGCCUCGCUCGGUCUCCGCGCCCGCGACUGGCCGCGCCGUGUGGAACCCUGCACGUCCUGGGCCGGCGUCGCGUGCAGCGCCGCCGGGCGGGUCCUUGGCGUCGACCUCUCCGGCCUCCGUCGCACCCGGCUUGGCCGCCAGAACCCACGGUUCGCCGUCGAUGGGCUCAGGAACCUCACCCAGCUUCGCUCCUUCAACGCCACCGGGUUCGCGCUCCCCGGCCCCAUCCCCGACUGGUUCGGCCGCGACCUCGCCCCGACCUUCGCCGUCCUCGUCCUUCGCGACGCCUCCGUCUUGGGCUCCAUCCCCGACUCCCUCAGCGGUGCCGCGGGGCUCACGGUGCUCGUCCUCGCCCGCAACGCUAUCACCGGGAGCAUCCCGCCCACUCUCGGUCUGCUCGGCAACCUCACGGUCCUCGACCUCUCCCGCAACGUUCUCUCCGGGCCCAUCCCGACGUCCUUCGGGGCUCUCGCCAAUCUCUCCUACCUGGAUCUCUCCUCCAACUUCCUCUCCGGCCCGGUGCCACUGGCUCUCGGCACUAUCCGAGACUUGAAAACCCUGAUCUUGGGGAACAAUAGCCUCACCGGAUCGAUCGCCGCACAGCUCGGCGAUCUCUCCUCCCUCACAGUUCUUGAUCUCAGCUUCAAUUCCCUCGCCGGCUCUCUUCCUGAUGAUCUCCAGAACCUGAGGAGCCUACAAAACCUAAGCUUGGGCAACAACUCGCUCUCAGGCUCUCUCUCUGCUGAUCUCUUUGCCAGUCUCACCAGGCUUCAGUCCAUCAAGCUGAGUCACAAUAACUUCUCAGGGGCAUUGCCGGACUCACUGUGGUCUCUCUCAGAGCUAAGGGUAUUUGACGUCUCUUUCAAUAACCUUACUGGAAUACUUCCAGACCUUAUGCCGGCUGUUGUCAAUGAGAACAUCAGUGGUGCUCUCUUUGAUCUUUCAAGCAAUCUCUACUAUGGUUCCAUCUCUUCUCGCUUUGGGAGAAUUUUCACUGAGUUUGUAAUGGUGGAUAUAUCGAAUAAUUACUUAGAAGGUGCAUUGCCAGUAGAUAAUGCGAGCAACAAUAUAACUUUUGGAUUGAAUUGCUUUGAAGAUGCUAUUAACCAAAGGAAACCAGAAGAAUGUUUGCAGUUCUAUACCGAGAGAGGGUUACCUUAUGAUGGUAAUGUGACCCAAAGUCCUCAUCCUUCGAGCACUUCCAAGAAGGGGCAUUGGAACUUAAAAUAUAUACUGAUAGGAACUCUCGGCGGCACAUUGGUGCUGAUGAUAUCGAUUCUUUUGCUGGUAUAUUGUUUGAAGAGAUCUGGUGGCCCAAGAGUUGAACAGCAGGAGAGUGGUGGAGCUGAAGGCCCUCCUGGGGAUGGCACACAGGCUUCUAGUGUUGUUGUCAAUUUGUCAGCUGUAGGAGAGGCCUUCCAUUAUGAGCAGCUGGUUCGGGCAACUUCGGGCUUUAGUGAUGUGAACCUUAUCAAGCAUGGACACUCUGGAGAUAUUUACCGUGGUGUUUUGGAAAGCGGAGUUUCUGUUGUGGUGAAGAGGAUCAAUGUACAGGUCAGAAAGGAUGCUUAUGCUGCAGAGUUGGAUUUGUUCUCCAAGGGUUUGCACAGGAGAUUGGUGCCAUUUAUAGGCCACUGCUUGGAGAAUGAGAAUGAGAAUGAGAAUGAGAAAUUCCUUGUCUAUAAAUAUGUGCCAAAUGGUGAUCUUUGUAGUGCGUUGCAGAGGAAACCUGAGCCAGAAGAAGGAUUUCACUCAUUGGAUUGGUUAAAGAGGUUGAAGAUUGCAACAGGCAUUGCCGAGGCCCUAUGCUAUUUUCAUCAUGAAUGUUCGCCGCCUCUUGUCCAUAGAGACAUCCAAGCAAGCAGUAUCCUUCUUGAUGAUAAAUUCGAAGUGAGGCUUGCUAGUUUAAGCGAGGUAUGUGCACAGGAAGGAGAAGCGCACCAAAAUGUCAUCACUAGGCUUUUGAGAAAGUCACAGACAUCAGAACAAGCUAUUUCCGGGCCACCUGCAACAUGUGCAUACGAUGUAUAUUGUUUUGGCAAGAUAUUGCUCGAACUGGUUACCGGUAAGCUUGGCAUUAGCGGGUCAAGUGAUGCCACAAUAAAUGAGAUGCUUGAUCACACCCUGCCUUACAUCAAUAUGUACGAAAAGGGACUUGUGGCGAAGAUUGUUGAUCCAUUCCUUGUUGUUGAUGAGGACCACUUGGAGGAGGUCUGGGCCAUGGCGAUCGUAGCAAAGUCUUGCCUCGAUCCAAAGCCUAGCAGGCGUCCACCAAUGAGACACAUCCUCAAGGCAUUGGAGAACCCUCUGAAGGUGGUAAGAGAAGACAACAAUUCUGGCUCGGCCAGGCUAAGGGCCACUUCGUCAAGGGGUUCUUGGAACGCUGCAUUUAUGGGGAGCUGGCGACGCAGCUCCUCAGAGAUUGCUUCUGUGCCAGGCCAACUGAGGGAGGAUCAACUGUUGAGACGCUCCGGCACAACCAGGUCCCAGGGAAGCGGCGGGGAGCAGUCAUUCUCUCGCAAGCGGCCAUCCAAGGAGAUCUUCCCAGAGCCAUCCGGUUUACGUGACAUAGACGAUUGAAAAGGUCUUUUGUGAGUUCAUGGGUAAUAACAUAUGGUGGACUCUCCAUUUGAGCUCCUGCCUAUCGGCAUCCGAUUCAUGGCCAGUUUAGUGUUCAACCCUCCUCAAUUUGGUCAAGUGUUACAGGAGAUGAGAGUUGUGUCGGUUCAAUUCUUUCUCUUCUGCUCCUGCCCAUGCCUUUAUUACACAAAAUUUCUAUUGCGAGAGCUGGUCCUCGAGGCAGCAGGCAGGCAGGCAAAGGUUUGUCUCAGUCGGUCACGGUGAUGGGGAUGCUGCUGAUUCAUUUUUUUGCAGUUUGGUUUGGUUCUUUUUUGUUCUUGUAAAACAAGCUGCAAUUUGCAAUUCUUUUCUCAUGUAAUUGAUCCUUUAUUGGUGGUUUUUCGGGGUUCUGUAUAUUGAUUUAACUUGCUGUUUCUUUCA